GGAACGCGGCUAGCGGGCGGUGAAGCGAGAUCGGCGUCCGGUUACUAUGGAAACGAGAAAGGCGGUACCCGCCGCUUAGGGGCGUGGCCAAGCGAUGCUCCGUUGUCAUGGUCACCAGCCUUCCGCCUCCCUUUCCACCAAUCCCAUGCAUGGAGAACGUAGCUUAGAAUUAUUGCUGCAAAUUUCAAAGCUCGCUCCACAAACUUUUAUUUUUAAACGUGAAAUUCAAAAUUAUAUAAAUAUUAACGAAAGGAAGAGAGAGAGGGCUCAGUAAAUUUUGCACCUCAACCCUAUGUGAGCAGAAAGCCCCACUGAUUUCAGUGGGUGGUUUCUCCCAGUGUCAUGCUCUGAAGUAUGGCUUAAUCGUUCAUACAGGAUCUAUUUAAAUGGCAUCACAGGAUCAAAGCGAGGAAAGAGAGGGCCUCUCUAACCUUCCAACAGCUCCUUUCCAAUGGGGAGCUGUCCUGUCCGCGCUAAAAGAUCAGAUUCCCUCAAUGGACUCUGACUUAUCAGUGUCUGAUUGUGAUGAAGACGAUGGGGAGCUUUUCAUCUUCCAGCGGGACCAACCCAACCUGAUUCCUGACUUGUCGGAGGAACUCGAAGAUCUUCCUCUGGAAGAAGCACACUUGCAGAAAACGUUCACCUUCAUGAGACAGCCAAGAGAGAUCCUAAACCAAGACCGAGAAAGUUCGCCUUCUCAGAAAGGCAAGACUGCCCUUCAUUCUGUGUCUAGGGGGCAUGCAGUACCAGACAGAGACAGGUUUGGCCUCCUGACUGAAGAAAAGUUGAGCCAACAGUCCAUUGCUCCUUCAGAGUCCCCUACAAAUGAGCAUAAAGAGGGAAUCUCAGGAGUCCCCAGAGACAAAGAACGGGAUCUUAGAGAAAACAAGGAAAUUCUGAGUUCAUCACCUGGUAUGUUAUCACCUGUGGAAAUGUCACCUUUUUUGAUGCUGAACACCAGCGAAAAAGAACGAAGGAAACUAAUAGAAACCAAAAUCCUCUCCAAGGCAACCUUGGGACCCCCUUCUGGAGAUGAAGCUCAUCCACAACAAAGAAACAAUAACAAUUUAGACAGGGUGGCAAGGGAGCCGCAAGCCACUUCCGUUGAACACCCUCGAGAGUUGACACUGUUUGCCUUCAAGGACAUUGAGAAGUGGAAUCUAGACAAGGUUCUACAGGACCUGGAGAAGCAAAGCGGCGAUGCCAAUUGGGCAGCGGAGGAGGCUGUUUUUCCUUCAGUGGACCAUGAAGCCGUCCGGGCUCAGUCACAAACGAAGCUCAUGGGAAAGCUGGAAGAGCUCUGCCUCAAGCAGUCCAGGGCAUUUUUCUCUCACCGCAGGAGACGGCUUGCCAGGUUUCCCCACUUCAAUGAGUGCCAGGGAGAUGGGAGGGACGUUCCCAUCCUGGCGUCAUGGACAAAUGGCCGAAGUUUCACUCCUGCGGAAUUGCACCCUUUUCCAGAACCGCCAACUGUAUAUAUUGAUCUAAGGAACGUGACGUGUCAGAAGUCUGACUUGUUGGCUUAUGAAAAAGAACAAAGCUUGAGUGACAGCUCCACAGACGAUGAGGAAGAAACAGAAGCGGCAGGCCAAGACAAAGCGGAAGAGGGCAUGAAAGAGUUUCCCCAACCGUCAUGCAAGGAUUGCACAGGGAAAAGCUUUCUGUUGCAGCAGCUCCGUGAUUUUCGCAGAAGAAUGUCUCAGCCUUUGCCCGCCAUGCAAGACAAAGGAAAGUGCCAGGCUCUCAACUCGGAAGAAACUGAUCUGCUGAGUGACAAGAGAAGACAGAGCCUCAGAUUGAGGGGGCUGACCUCAAUGGGGCCAGCCAAUUCAGAAGAAUCCAAAGCCAGGAGCUUCCUCGCUCAAAAGAACUCAAAAGAACUCAAGGAAGAAACCCGGAAAGGACCAAGUUCAGCAUCGCCUCCAGACUGUUUGGCAGGCAAAGAUGCUGAAUACCCAAGGGCAGAAGAAAGCCCCAAAGCAAAGCAGGUAGAAGAGAAACUCCGGAAACAGAGGCUCGAGGAGCAGCUGGAGAAGUUAAAGCCUCGGCACUCCACGACUGGGAGGCAGCCCAUGGCAGAACAAACCCCCGUCUUAUUCCAUACGGAGGCUUCGUUCCUUGCCCCUGUCAACACGUUACCCGCCCCAAACGGUGCUGAUGAAAGAGAGAUGCUGCUUAUGACCUUUCGGCUGUCAAGCUGCGGACAAGUUGCCCUUUGCCGCCAGCAGAACAGCUUAUUUCCUGGAACCUCCGUGGCAGCCGCCAGCAUCUACCCGGCCGUUGUGACUUGGCUCCUCUCUCUGGUGCCCUGUCUGGGAAUAAGAGAAGAGAGCAACACUCCGUUCCAGGUCCUGGGGCUACAGCAAGCCUGGCAUAAGGAUGGCCUGGCGCUUUGUGCUUGUUUAACCCCAGCCAACGAAUCAGUAGCCCAGAGCAGCUCCAGGCUUUGGAAACAUAAACCCAAGAAUGUCCUUCAGGGAACGUCCCUCUUCUAUCAACAGAUCUCCACAUUUCUCUCUGAAACUUACCUCUCGGAUGUUGUCUGGUGGAAGAUGCAACUGGACCGUCAUCUGCGGAAUCAGUCGUACCCCUUCCUUCCUGAGAUUCCCGCUGUCCGCCUUAGCCACAUUGCAACCAUUAACUCAGAUUCCACGGCACUGGAGAAAGCUUUUGCAGUGCCAGCUGGGUUUUAUUGGCAGACGGUAGAGACAGAUGAAAAAUAUUUCCCCAGCAGCAGUGACAUCGGGGAGAGCAGUGAGAUGGAUACUGAGGUUGCCAUGAUGCUGCUGUUUGAAACCCUGCUCAGAAGCCCUGGGGCGGUGCAUCAUACGUUCCAGCUGAUUCUAGCCUCUGGCUUGGAUGUCUGCGGAUUCCGCCUGCUCUACCCCCAAUAUGACAUGUUGCUCUCUAGCACAGUAACGCCACCUCCCUGCUAUGCCCAAGAGAAAGCGCUCCCUGUGCUAGCGCUGAGCUUCAGAGGGCCCAAAGUGCGGAGCGCCCUGCAAGACAUCAUGGGACCCUCUGACCCACAGCUGGCCAGAGUGACCGACAGCUGCUCGGUCAAUGCCAUCUACUGCUCGACCCGAUCUGAUCCCCUUGCCUACCUACCUCACCUUGGCAGCCGAGUGCACAGGGAGCUGUGCUUCUGGUUCGGAGGGAGAGCGUGCCGCAAAGAGAUCCUUCAUAGCGGAAUCCCAAAUCCUGUCCGCAAAUGUAACGAACCAAGGCCCUCACUCCACAACGCAGAUGCUGACCAAGAACCGAGCAACUUGCAGGACGCUGCAUCCUUGAGGCCUCCGGCGACUCUCGUCUCCACCACCAAAGGAGACAUUAUUUUGGUGGCGUCACCUCCUGUGCCUCCUCACAGCUAUGGCAUUGUGAUUUCUACCUGCACUCGGAGGGGGUUUGCACUACAGGGGACCAAGCAGCUACAGUUGUCCCCCAAGCAAGCUCGCAAGCUUGGUGUGCCAGCAAGCCAGGUAACUGUAUUUUGCCCUAGCAAGACUGCACAUAUGCCAGAUAGGAGUUUCUCGGAGGGUCACCUUCCCAUCCAAGCACGCGUGCAUUGUCUAGCUUUGUUGCUGAGAAAGGAAAACGCCAGCCAUCAUGUUCCUGCUCUGUUGAAAGGGCUAAUGAAAGGACUGGAAGAGAAAAGUUUCUUGGAGGAAGUUCAGAGCAGUUUGCACUCUGAGGCUGAACCAGAACCCAGUCUGUGUUUUCACGUGGUUCCUUAUUCCGACCGCUUGCUGCAGGACCUGGGUGGCAAUUUUAGUGCUGUGCCAGAUCCCUCUAACAUUCCCAUAGAUGUUUUACGCAGCAGGAGAUACGCUUCUGAUCCCGAUAUGGAACAAGUUGUCCUGUUGACCUUCACUGGAAAGGAAGCCAUGAAGACCGCUGGUGCUGUCCUUCACCAAAUCCUUGCGCUUGGCUCUAGGAAGCAGCAGGCUCCAGUCUCGGAAGACUUUGACCCGCGAUUUGAGCUUCUCGCUCUCAAGUGGUUGCCCCUCCUCACUCGGACACAGGCUAAGGAAAUAACACCCUUUGAGGUGGGAGAUAAGUCCUGGCAAAUGAGUCUUGAUGCCCUCAUGUCCAGCCCUGCACUCAUAUACGUGUUGCGAAGGAUUGGUGCCUUUGUGGGACUUGCUGAGAUCCUGAAAACGCAGCCCAACAGCAAAGUGAUCUCUAAUGCUGGUGAUCUUCAGAGAGUGAUGUCGCCGACCCCAGAGAUGGCCUUCAGGCAGGCAGUGCUCCUCUUCACUGAGAAAGAGUUUGUAGGCGAUCCCAAACGCCGUUCUGCCCUGAAGUACUUGCCACCUCCUGGAAGGCUUCCGCAGCUCAAAGCAGGAGGGACUCCUACAAGCCACGUGGAAUCCCUCUUCCACUCCAUGCAAGUAGGAACGCAAAUCUUCUGCACGGUGCUGCUGAUCAAACCCGGCCCAUGGGCCCGUAACCUAGCAAGGCUCCUCCGAAACCUAGACCGUGAGAAAUUCAGCCUGGUUGGAAUGAAACAUGUAACCCUCGCCCCAGAAGAUGUCGAAGCGCUCCUUUCAUCUGAAGCUAAGCAGGACCCUGUUGUCUUAGAGGCUCACUCGGGCUACCUCGCUUCAGGCUCCUCUUUGGUGCUCUGCCUUCAAAGAGAGAAUGCAGUGAAGAAGCUUCUGGACUUACUUGGUCCUGAAGACCCCAAGCACGCUCGAGCAGUAAAUCAGUUCUUUUGGAGAGCUCAGUAUGGGCACAGCUUAGCCCGGAAUGGGUUUUACGGCUCCUCAUCGUAUUGUGUUGCUGUUUGGGACAUUGAGCUGUUUUUUCCAGAAGGGUUGUGUGGUGCUGAGAGCCCAUCUUUCGAUGCAAAAGAGAUUUGCACUGAUACAUGUGGCCCCGUGGCCUGCCUUGAGAUCAACAAACGGUGCAGGCUUGUCAAAAGGGAAGGGAGAAGGCAGCUUGAUUUCCCUGGCCUUGAGCAGCCACAGACUCUAGAGCGACCUCACCUGGCUGCGCUCUGCCAAACCACCUGCCUCAUCCUUCCUGGGGCCAUUCUUCAGGAGGCGAGCCGCCCGCCCUACCUGGACCUGCUGGAGCAACUGAGUAGCAAAGGUUUCCUGGUGACGGGGGCGAGGCUGGCCCUGAUGAACCACCCGCAGGCCUUCUUCGUCUCUAAAGUCCUGAGUGCUACAGAGAGCGAGGCCACAGUCAUGUGUUCUCAGCUGCUGAAGGGCGCUUGCCUGGUCAUUGCGGCCCAGCGAGAUAAUGCCGUGGUUUGUUUUGACACCCUGCUGAACAGUGAUCACUGCCAGAAACAAGCCGUGCUGGAUUGCAUGAAACAUCUUCUGUAUCCAAAGACAGAAAAACAGGCUGAGGAGCUUCUCUGUUGCCUCCUGGAUUCCCUCACCUCUGACAGUAUCCACCAGAUUGAAAUCCAGGAUUCCUAGCCACGGUCCUCCUCCUCCUGCUUGUCUGCCUCAAUCCUGCCCACUCUCUGUUUUUAUCUUGGGGGAAUGAAACCCUCAUCAGUAAACAACACCACGUUUGCAAGAAUAAAAUAUAUUCUUUGUCACAUGGCUCAGUUCCAGGGGCUUGAAUAUGUUGGUUGGUUUCAUCUAUUGCUGCCUUUUAGAGCCAUCACAGUUUACAAUAAAAACAGUAAAAACAAAGCAGUCGACAAAUUACCUAAUAAAAAUAGUUACAGAUAAAAUCAUAUAUUGGGGGGGGGGGAGAGAGUGAGCAAGAAAGUAAUAACAUGCCUAUCACUUACAUCCUGAUUCAUUCUCAUUUAUAAUUGCAUCUGUCACUUGAUAGCCUGAUCUUAAAAGCAUUGCUGU